AGCCAGCCCUGUUGACCGAUAACAUAUCGAUCUUCGACAGUUGGCUACGGCGAGACACCACCAAUACUUGGCAAGAACAACUUUGAACGACACACUGGCUUCUCCACAGUGGCCAGCUUCUCGUCAAAUCGCAACUUGCGACACAAUUGCAAAAGCACGCAGGUAUCCUGACAGCUUCACUGCUCUCCUGGCCAAGUAUGGGAGUUUUCUCCCUCAACUCGGUCCGAUCUCGCGACGGACGACUACCGAUAUACGAGAACCUCAAAGAACGCGACUCGAACGACAUUGACUCGUAUGAUGAAUCCGACUACGACGAUUCCUCCGUCAUCUCGUCUCCCGGCACCAACAACUCAAGGCACACGUCUUCGUCGGCGACGCCUAUCAUGUCCAAGAAAACGUAUAGUCUCGCACGCCGGCCAGGGCGAGCGUUGGGAGCCUACCGUUUACCCAACAAAGUCAUCCGAUACCUCUGUAUUGGGUUAAUCUCCACCAUCUUGCUUUUCAUGUUCACCCUCAUCCGUGCAAGCCAAAAUGAGAACAGAAGGUUAGUAGAAGGCAAGGUGGAUAGAGGGCCCAUGGCUCCGCCGAUCUGGGAGCAAUACCCCUUCCUUACGAGGUACUAUGGAGGUAUCAGAAAUCUGGUCUCAUUACAGAAGAAUGUUGCGGAGUACCCCCGCCCUGAGGACGAAUUGCCCCUGGACAAGCUGUCCUUUGUCAACUACACCAGCAUGCAAGACAGGGUUGCAAGCCGCGCCCUGCCUGCAAGCAAAGAAAACCUUGCUCAUCCCAAGAGUAUUUUCAAGACGGCGCCUGAGACUAUCACCGAAUGCUUUGUAGACAAGGAGAACCAAGUGCGGAUACCACAUAUCCGCUACUAUGAAGGCCGUCCCAGUGGCUUCCCCGAAGCUAUUCUGGGUUCAUAUGACCUCCUCGACCUUCCCGAAGACAUCUGUUACGAACGCUACGGCAGGUACGGACCCUAUGGCUUCGGCUAUUCCGUUCGAGCUGGUGGUCUGGGCGUCGGUGAGCAUGGCGAAAAGGAGGGCAUUGACUCAACCUGGGAGAAAACACCUCGAGUCAAUUGGGUGGAUAUAGAUUGGGCGGGUGCGCAAAAGCGUUGCUACCAAGCGAACGCUGCCCGAUACAAGCCUCUACCAGACCGAGUUGCGCCUCCUCACGGCUUCUUCGUUGACGAGAGAGCCCAUAACCCUUCCCUCUUUUCUCGGGAUGUCCUUCCUGAGACAGUUGCCGCUGGUGAAAAACCUACCUCCGCAUCCAGCGACGAAAAGACCGGUGGCGAUGUGAAACUUCCCAGAACCGCAGUGGUCAUCCGCUGCUGGGAUGAAUACUGGUUUCGAGAGGAAGAUGUUAUGAACAUCCGAUCCGUCAUUACGGAGCUCGCUCUAGCGUCGGGCGGUCGUUACGAUGUCCACUUGCUUGUGCAGGUCAAGAACGAUGCAAUGUAUCCUGUCUGGGCCGACGCUGAGACGUACGAGAGGCGCAUCCGGGACCGUAUUCCUCCGGAGUUACGAGGCCUUGUGACACUCUGGACCGAGACCCAAAUGCUCUCUCUUUACCAGGGUAUCUACGAUUUGUAUGCUCGUGGACCUGACCUGCCGGUUCACGGUGUGUAUCGUGGUUUGCAAAUGGCAAUGCAGUACUUUGCGUAUCAGCACCCUGAGUACGACUAUUACUGGCAGUGGGAGAUGGACAUUCGCUACACUGGUCACUACUAUGAUCUCUUCGCCAAGGUCGAGAACUGGGCUAAGGAGCAACCAAGAAAAGGCCUUUGGGAGCGUAACUCCCGAUUCUAUAUGCCUACAGUCCAUGGAACAUGGGAUGACUUCAAGCAGAUGGCACGAGUACAGUCGGAGAUGGGAAUUACCGGAGCCGACAACAUAUGGGAUGGCGUAGCUGGUAAUAAGAAGAAGGGUCAAGCACAGGGGUCUUUCGCAACAAGGGGUGAAAGAACCGUCUGGGGACCCGAGCGGCCGCACGAACAAGAAGAUUGGUUCGAGGAGGAGAACGACCCCAAGCCCCCGACUACUUAUGAGAAGGACAAAUAUAUUUGGGGCGUUGGUGAGGAAGCGGACUACAUCACAUUCAAUCCCUUGUUCGACCCCGAGGGCACAACCUGGGGAUUGGCUGACGACAUCACGGGCUACAACACGACCGCAGGUCAACCUCCUCGCCGUGCUCAGAUCAUCACCGCAUCUCGCAUGUCCCGUCGUCUCCUCAUGACGAUGCACCGGGAGACAGCUUUUAAGAAGCACUUUGCCUUCCCCGAGAUGUGGCCGGGUACGGUUGCGCUGCAACACGGUUAUAAAGCCGUUUUUGUGCCUCACCCCCUCUACGUCGACCGCGAGUGGCCGACUGAGCUCUUGGCCCGCACCCUUAACAACGGGAAGAACGGCGCCAGUGGCGGUUCGCGGACCUCGGUUUUUGGUCAGCGUGAGCACAACCUCCGUGGCCUGACCUGGUUCUAUGACUCGGGCUUUGCACCCAACUUGUAUAGGCGUUGGCUUGGCCUCAAGGUCAAUAACGACGGCGGUGAGGAGUUCGAGUUGACCGAGGACAAGAGCAAGAACGGCACCAUAGUUAGCGAGAUGCGGGGCGGCGAGGGCAGGAUGUGUCUGCCGCCAAUGCUGCUCCACCCCAUCAAGAACGUCGACUUGCCGGUAGAGGAGGAGCACGACGAGGUUGAGGUACCAGAGUCCGACCCCGCUGCAUAGGGUAGGAGUGGGCGGCGGCUUAGUAAAUAUGUGGUGCUUUACUGUUGGAUAUAUAUAAUGUUGGCUUUCAUGAGGCGUCACAGGAUGAACUUGACGAGACUGGC